AGCUCCGGAUUCCUAUCCUUUAGCUGCUACACUCUUUCUCUGAGCUUUGAUUGGCCGAAUAACCAUAAAUGAUUGAGCUUUCCGUUUGAUUUUAGCAGAGUUCAACAUAAUUUUGCAGAGAGAUAAAGCUAGAAGCUUUAGAUUGAGCAGGAUUUAAGAUGCAAUAGUAGGAAAGCUAGAGUUGAGAGAGUAAACGAAGGUUAUCUAUUCUGAAAAACAUGGCGUAUGUUGGAGCUCCUAACUUUGCUGCUACAAAUACGAUUUAUACAAAACAAUCAUUGCGGCGGAUUAAUGGAAUUUCGCAACCCAAAAAGCUGGGAUUUUCGCCUGUCCCUAACUAUAAUAUGCUGAGGACGACGAUGAAUCUGCAACCUAAGGCUUCUGAUAAGGAUGAAGGUUCACCGUGGGAUGAUAAGGGUUUAUUGCAGAGUGAAGAAUUGUAUCGGUAUGUUUUGGAGACUAGUGUUUAUCCACGAGAACCAGAGCCUCUCAAAGAGUUAAGGGCUAUAACAGCAAAUCAUCCAGAGUUUUAUAUGGGAGCAACACCGGAUUCAGGUCAACUUAUAGCCAUGCUCUUGAAUCUAAUAAAUGCCAAAAGGACUAUUGAAAUCGGCGUCUUCACUGGAUAUUCUGUGCUUCUCACUGCUCUUACAAUUCCUGAUGAUGGCAAGAUUAUAGCCAUUGAUCCAGAUCGAGAGUCUUAUGAAUUGGGACUACCAGUCAUCCAAAAAGCUGGAGUUGAACAUAAAAUCGAUUUUAAAGAUUCUCCAGCUUUACCUGUUCUUGACAAACUCCUGGAAGAUAACGAAAACAAAGAUAGUUUUGACUUUGCAUUUGUUGAUGCGGAUAAAACUAAUUAUGGAAACUAUCACGAGAGACUAAUGCAGUUGGUGAAAGUUGGAGGUGUGAUAGUGUAUGAUAACACACUAUGGUAUGGAACACUUGUGAUGCCAGAGGAAAAUGUUGACGAGUUGAUGAGAACAGAAAGGAAAUACUUACUUGAGUUAAACAGAUUCCUUGCUGCUGAUACUCGCAUUCAAAUUUCUCAAGUUACUGUAGGUGAUGGAAUGACCAUCUGCAGGAGACUAUUUUGAUGAAUACUACGGCUUUUUUAUCCAUUAGUACUCAGUUUUUCUGUUACUUUUUUAAUAAAUUAAAAAAUUACAUGGUUCUGUCCAUAGCCGAGGCUCAAUCGAAAACAGUCUCUCCAUCUUCAUAAGAUAAAGGUAAGUUCUGAGUACAUAAUACCCUCCCUAGACCCCAUUUAUCGGAUUCUGCAAGGUUUAUUAUUGUUGUAUGGUUCUGUCCAUUUAACUCUUUAAAUUGCCGAAAAAAAUCUUAUCUUGCAA